CCACCAGGAUGCAGCGAGUGAUGGCGACGCGCCUGCGGCUGCUGCAGCGCCCCGUGCGCGCGACGACGGCGGCGGCCUCGCGCUCCUCCGCGUGCAGCUUCGCCACCAAGACGCCGGAUUUCAGCGACAUCGUCUACGGCCAGGACACGGGCGUGCGCACCGUGCAGUUCAACCGCCCGGAGAAGCUCAACGCGCUGACGCUCCCCAUGGUGCAGCACCUGACCAAGCGCCUGCACAAGAUCGAGGCCAACAACACGGUCAACGCCAUCGUCUUCUCGGGCAACGGAGGCAAGGCCUUCUGCGCCGGCGGCGACAUCCGCGCGCUCGCGGACAACGGCAAGGACCCAGCCACGCGCCAGGUGGCGCUCGACUUCUUCCGCCACGAGUACCGCCUCAACUACCUGCUGGCGACCACCGAGAAGCCCAUCAUCUCGUUCCUCAACGGCGUCACUAUGGGCGGCGGCGUGGGGCUGUCGAUGCACGGCAAGUUCGUGGUGGCCACGGAGAAGACGGUGUUCGCCAUGCCCGAGACGGCCAUCGGCUUCUUCCCGGACGUGGGCGCCUCGUACCUGCUGCCGCGUCUGGGCCGCCGUCUCGUCGAGGGCGAGGACUAUGUGGCCGACGUGCCCAAGUCGCAGGCUCUCAAGGGUCAGGGCCUGGGCACGUACCUUGCGCUCACGGGCGAGCGCCUUAAGGGCCCCGAGGUCAUCGGUCUGGGACUCGCUACCCACUACAUGCAGACGAGCGAGUACGAGACGCUGGUGCACCACCUCACGGGACUCGAGUUCGCGGACAACGUGCCGCAGGAAGAGCGUGAUGAGAUGAUCCACGAGGCUCUGGAGGAGCUCGAGACCGACGAGGCCUUCCAGGAGAUCGACCCUGAGUACCUGGAGACGGUUGAGUCUGUGUUCGGUGCGCUGAACGAGAACGACACAGUGGAGGGCAUCUUCGAGCGUUUGGAGAAGCUGAACACGGAGUGGUCCAAGGAGACGCUGGCGACGCUCAAGAAGAUGUCGCCGCUGAGCUUGAAGGUGACGCUGGAGCAGAUGCGCCAGGGUGCCGUGAAGACGUGCGCUGAGUGCUUCCAGAUGGAGUACCGCAUGGCCACGCGUAUGAUGGAGAACCCGGACUUCUUCGAGGGCGUGCGCUCGGUGGUCGUGGACAAGGACCGCAACCCGAAGUGGUCAAAGCGCGACAUUACCAAGGUGACGACUAAGGAGGUGGAGGCAUUCUUCCAGCCGCUGGACAAGGACCAGGAGCUGAUCCUGUACCCAUCCGCGACGGCAGCGACGGAGAAGGAGGAAUAAGGUCGUCGCUCAGAACGUCAUUAAACCUUCAGCAAAUCGCGAGGAACUUCAACAACGAGAAGAGAUGCAGGAGCUCUCUCAGUGACUAACUC